AUGCUGCGCGCCCUUGCCUCCAGCCCGCUGCUGGCCGCGGCGCCCGCUGCCGCCGCCACCGCCGCGCGCCCGCUGGCGGUGAUGCUGCGCCCCUUCUCAUCAGAGGGCAAGGAGGCUGCAGGAGAGAUGGUAAAGGAGACAGCAAAGGAGUUUAAGAAGGACGGCAGUGUUGGGUCCCAAUUCGAGGCGGACGGCGCCAUCGGUGGCAAAGUCCAGGAGAUGGUCGACAAGGGUGCCCUGCCCAAGGCCUUCUCGAAGGACGGCAAGAUCGGGCAGCAAUUCACGUCGGAGGGCAACGUCGGCGGCACUGUGGAGCGGGCGGCAGAGAAGGAGGAGCACAUGGGGGAGAAGAUCAAGCGGGACGCGGAGCGGCAAGGCGCGCCCGCGCAGAGGGAGGCAAACGAGCGGUCGUCGGUGGCGCAGCCCGGCGUGGACGGGCGCAACAGCGACGUAUAG